CAUUUCAGGUUCUAAACCAACACAAAAAUGAAUUGGAUUACGGUAGCCGUUAUGCUUGUAGCUGUUGGCUUUGCAGCAUGCGGACAUGCAGUAGACCCACAUUUCAUGCAGUGGAUGCAGAAAAAUCUGAAACCGGAAGAAGUCAAAGCAUUUGUACGAGACGAAUUGACUACUGGAAGUUUUGGAGGAGGAGUUGUAACUACAGAGACACAUGAUCGCCCAGUUGUGUUCGUACACGGUUUGAACAAUGAAGCUGGAAGUCUCUGGAAGAUUGCUCGCGACUUUACCAAUGCCAACUAUCCACGACAAUACUUAUUCGCAACAACAUGGGGAAAAGGAACUGAGCCAUUGAACUUGAACGUGGCAAUGUCUUGCACACAUGUUCAACAUGUCCGUCGUUUCAUCGAAACCGUUCUCAAGUACACCGGAGCUCAGAAAAUUGACGUUAUUGGAUAUUCAAUGGGAUCACCAAUUGCAAGAAAAGCUAUUCUUGGAGGAAAAUGUGUCGAUAAUCCAAAUGUUGCAUUGGGACCAUCUCUCCAUUCAAGAGUUCACACGUACAUUUCUGUGGCCGGAGCCAAUCAGGGAUCCCAGCUUUGCGCGCUUCCAUUCUUCGAUAUUUGCAAUAUGAAGACUGGAUUGAUGUGUAAUUCAAAAUUCUUGGAAGAUAUCAACUGGUUCAAGAACUACGAAGGAUCAUACAAGGCAUUCAACUUGGCAUCCACUGCUGAUUUCGUCGUAGGUUAUAUGGCUUGUGGAAAGAAGGCUUCGGAAUUCACCGGUGCCCAUGAAUGGAAGGUUGAAGGAAGGAACCACGAGCAGACUGAGUUUGACACUGCUGCUAUUCAAUUGCAAAUGCUCAGAGAAUCCACUGCUGGUCUUUCCAAGAGCCGCCCAUCUGCCAAGCUCGAAAAGAAGAAGAACAAUUCAUUCUCCGAAGUGAAAAAGUAUUUGAGAAGCAAGAGAAGAGAUGCUCCACAAAAAGUCAAGAAGACCGUAACAAAGAAAGUCAAGCGAACAGCAGUCACAUCAGCACACAAGAAACAUGUGAACAAGCAUUAGAAGCCAUUCGAACUGUCUCUAGGCACAGUUUAUUAGCUUUAAUUUAUUUUGCUCAAUACCAAAAUGUAGAUAGUUGUUUGCCUUUCAAUAUUAUUUUUUUGUUUAUUUAAUUCAGAAUAAUUAUGUCUGUAUAUAAUGAAUUCGUUGUCGAAU